AUGGUGCUUCUAUUGGCUGCUAUUUUAGCCGGCUCAUGCACUCAACUUAAAGUUGGUUUCUAUAGUUCUAGUUGUCCAAAGGCUGAAAGUAUUGUGAAAAGUGUAGUGCAGGAGAAGUUCAAAAAUGACCAGUCCAUUACAGGAGCUUUACUUCGCUUACAUUUUCAUGACUGUGGUGUUAGAGGUUGUGACGCAUCGAUACUGAUAGAUUCAGAUCCAACCAACAAUCAAACCUCAGAGAAAGAUUCUAAUCCAAACUUCACAGUACGAGGUUAUGAAGUAAUUGAUGAAAUUAAGGAAAAAUUAGAAGCUAAUUGUCCUUCAACAGUUUCAUGUGCGGACAUCAUAACACUAGCUACUCGCGACACAGUUGCCUUAGCCGGAGGACCAAAAUACACUAUUCCAACGGGCAGGCGCGACGGCCUUGUGUCGAACGCCUCAGAAGUGGACUUACCCGGCCCGAAUCGUUCAGUGCCAGAAAUUUUAGCAUUCUUCAAAACCCUAGGCCUAAACAAAAAUGACAUGGUGACAUUAUUAGGAGCUCAUACAGUUGGAGUUGCACAUUGUUUCUUUUUUCAGUCUCGGGUUUCGAAUUUUCGAGGUACAAGGAAACCUGAUCCCAUAAUGGAUCCUGAAUUGGUUACAAAACUUUUCAAACUUUGUAACACGUCUACCCCACCAACAACAUUGGAUGAUGUUCCAACAACAUUUUUGGAUCAAAAUACAUCUUUUGUAGUUGACAAUCAAUUUUAUAAGCAAAUCUUGUUGAAGAAAGGGGUUUUGAAGAUUGAUCAAGAACUUGCUUUGGAUAAGUUAAGUGCACCAAUUGUUUCAAAAUUUGCAACCAAUGGAAAUGCCUUUAGACAGAGUUUUGCUAAGGCUAUGGUCAAGAUGGGAAGUAUUAAUGUACUAGUAGGGGAUGAUGGAGAAAUUAGAAAAAAUUGCAGGGUCUUCAAUAAAUAA